UGGCUGGAGCGAGCGGGAACCAGAUCAGGCAGGGGGGGGGCAUUUGGGGCGACAGGGUCUCGGGCCCUCAGGCGGGCAGCGGCGGGCGCCGGACCCCCAGGCGGAGCGACAGGUCUCGGGCCCUCAGGCGGGGGAGCUGGGGGACGCCGGGCCCCAGGAGGAGGUCGUGUAUUUGGCGGGGCGACAGCGGGCAUCGCGGCAUCCCCAGUGGGGCUCAGCGGGGAGACGGGCACCGAGUCACCAGGCACAACCGUUGGGCUCCGAGUCAACUGGGAUGACCGCUGGCACUGGGUCAGACAUUGGAUCGUCUGGCUGGGACAGUGGGCAUCGGGUCACCAGCAUCAGGUCAUUUGGCUCGACAGCGGGGCACGCGCGUCAUCUGGCAAGGCAGUGGGCUCC